AUGACGGAGUGGAAGAAAGGGAAGGACUAGAAGGGAAGGGAACGAAACUGAACGGAACAGAACGAAAAGGAACGGAAAGGAAGGGAAGGGAAGGGGAGAAGGCAGGAAAAAAGAAAAUUUAGAGAUUAGGGAGAUGAAGUGAAGGGAAAGGAGAGAGCGUAGAGGAGGAAGAGAAGGAAAGGUUGCACCGUGUGUCGGGCGUCGGGUGUGUGGCGUGUGGGGGUGUUACAGCAGCAGGUGUUUGUGUCCCCAGCAGCAGCAGCAGUGGUCACAACAAGGACCCGUCACUACCUGGCCAAUACCAAUACCGCCACCACCACCACCACCGCCACCACCACCACCACCGCCACCAGCGUCAUCACAGCCCCAGCGGCAGUGUCAGCCUGAGCCUGGCCGGGCCGGGUGUGGCAGCAACACCCCUCACGGAACACGACGUGCCCAUUGACCCGCCCCGCCCCGCCGCGCCCCACCCCCGCACCCCGCCUAGCAGGCCCACACCUCUUACCCCCCACACCAGACAGGCCCGCCCCGCCCCGCCGUGCCCUGGCAGCGGCGGUAGGGGGUACCCGCUGAGUGUCCCGCCCCUGGCAUGGGCCCUGACGGCGCCUGUGAGGCGGCGCGGCCCCCGGGGCAGCAGGGCCGGGAGUGAGGGGUGAGGAGCGGCAGCAGCAGUAGCCGUGCGGGGGCCCGGCGGGCCCGGCGGGGCCAUGGACGGGCACGGGCACGCGCGGGGUGGCGCGGGGGACCUGCCGGCGCUGCAGUACCAGACGCGCGGCGCCGCGCGGUCGCUGGGGCGGUGCUCGGCGUGCUGCUCGCGCGUGGCGGCGGCGCUGUGCUCCAACGUGGGCGUGUGCGCCAUGGUGCUGCUCUACACCGUGGCCGGCGCCUUCCUCUUCGCCACCAUCGAGGGCGGCGGCGUGGCGCUGCAGGUGUCGCCGCCGCCCGAGGCGCCGCGCGACGCCGCCGUGAUGGAGUCGCUGCGGCAGGAGGCGCGCGGCCUGCGCCACGAGACGGUGGAGCACCUCUGGACCAUCACGGAGUCCCUCAACAUCCUCUACCGCGACAACUGGACGCGCGUGGCCGAGCAGGAGCUGCUCAAGUUCAGCGAGAAGCUGCUUACGCGCCUGCACGAGGGGGGGCCGCCGCCCCAGCCCGCGCCCGCCACGGCCCACACCUCGGCUUACCAGUGGACCUUCGCGGGCUCCUUCCUCUACUCCCUCACCGUCAUCACCACCAUCGGCUACGGAUCGGUGGCGCCGCAGACAGCUCUUGGCCGCGUCGUGACCAUCGUGUACGCCCUGCUCGGGAUCCCGCUCAUGCUGCUGUACCUUUCCUCUGUGGGUGACCUUCUGUCCCGCGCCCUCAAGUGGGUGUGGUGGCGGCUCUGCAGGUGUCGCCGCCGCCGCCGCCGCCGCCCGCCACCCCCACGCCCGAACCCCCACACACCCACGCCCUACACCAACGUGGACCCCCCCAGCAAGCGUAAGUGGGGCAGCGACGCGGCGGACAGCGAGAGCAGCGAGGGCGAGGGCGGCGAGGGCGGCGCCGUGCCCGUGACGCUGUGCCUGCUGCUGAUGGUGACGUACAUCUGCGGCGGCGCGGCGGUGUUCGCGCGCGCCCACCACUGGUCCUUCCUGCACGCCGUCUACUUCUGCUUCUCGUCGCUCACCACCAUCGGCUUCGGCGACCUGGCGCCCGCCGUCACGCCCGCCGGGGCCACGGGCGUGCAGGUGGCGCUGCUGGGAGCGGCGCUCUACCUGCUGGUGGGCAUGGCGCUCAUCGCUACCUGCUUCAACCUGAUGCAGGAGCAGAUGACGAGCCGCGGCUACGGCCUGGGCCGCCGCAUGGCCUCCCUCAUGGGCCCCGCUCCUCCCGGCGGCGGCGGCACCCACCGCUUCCACCUGGACGAUACCUGACACGUGGAG